AUGAGUUCGCCCUUCAGCAGGGAUCGCACGCUCGAGGCGAUGGGCGGACCGAGCCCGCAAGACCUCUCCGAUUCCAUGACCGAGGCCGAACGCGGUCUCAUGGGCAUGACCGUGCAGUUCGAGGAGGACGCGGAGGAGGACGACGAGCAGGGAGCCUCGUUCAAGAGCGCCGAUGACGGGAGACGGAGCCUCAACAGGGUGCUCACGCGCUCGCACUCGGGCAGGUACGAGUCCACGUCCGCGGGCGACGUGGACGAGCGCGAGAAGAUCGACGACGACCUCCUGGGCGACCUCGGCCUGAGCGACUUCAUGCUCCUGGCGUACACGAUAUCCAACAUAUACCAGAGGCACAAGGUGCGCUCGAGAGCCGCCAAGCUGGACGACUCGCAGGUGGUGGGCCACGACGAGACCUUACUCUUCGUCGCCAUCGCGCUGUACGCGUGCGCGGUGCUGGUUCUGGCGCUCAACCUGAUGGGCGGCGCCAUAGCGUGCAGGCCCACGUCCGUGACCCUCGGCGCCUUCGCCUCUGGAAGCGGCGGCGUCUCGCCCGGCGGGCACUUCGAGUACGGGAUGGACCUCGUCAACCGCGUGUGCGAGACCCAGAUCAAGCUGGAGACGUCCCAGUUCUGGCCGGUGUUCACCAUGGUCACGUUUGUCCUGCUCUUCGCCGGCGCCGGGAUCAACGCGCAGUUCAUCAAGAGGUACAAUCGGCUUCACGCCAUCGCGCGAGGCCAGUACCACUCGCCGCUGGUGGGGAAGGACCCGGUGCGAAAGUCCGAGAAGGUCGAGGGUAAGUUCGAACGCUUCUACCUGCUGUUCAUGAUCGUCAAGUUCAUCGGGAUCAUCAUCGCGGGAGGCAUGCUCGCGGGGUUCUGGUACUCUAUCCUGACCUUCGCCAGCAUCUCGAGCAAGACGGUGAACGGCGUCACCACGUACAGCGGCGGUAACCUGCUGACGCGAUUUGGCGCCAUCUGCGACGCGUCCAAGCUCGACUUCGAGGAGGCGUUCGACGCGCAGUACCGGUGCCACCUCAAGGGCGAGGCGCAGAUGCACUACCUCAAGUACUUCGUCGUGAUGGCCUCGGUGCUGGUCAUCGUCAUCUCCGUGUACCAGAGCGUGUUGAUGAUUUUGAUGCACAAGUCGUACGAAGCCUGGAAGAGACAGUUUGACGAGCUGCAGGCCAAGAAGAAGGAGCAGGACCUGCCGCCCGAGAGCGACCUGAACCCCGAGCAGAUAAGUAUGUUCAAAAUGACGCGCGGGCUGGUCAGGCUGUUCAUGUACUACAUGAAACCGAGCCCGCCGGACGGAGACCUCCCGUCGUUGAUCGCCAAGGCCAUGUUCGGCAUCUCCCCCGACGAGGGCGAGCUCGCCAACAUCAGCACCAAGAUGCUCACCGAGUUCGCCAGCCCGCAGGAGACGAGCGACAUGCUCAUGCACGUGCUGAGAGGGGCGCUCGGAGACCACAUCGGCGAGAGCGAGGACGUCCGGAAGAUUGUCCUCGCCACGGUCACCGCGUGGAAGGACUCCUCGACGCAGAGGUACCUGAAGGGCAUAGUGGACACGAUCAACGCGAUCCACAGGGACGAGAGGGACAGGGUCGUCGGAGACGGGAGGGCGGCGGCGAUGAUGCAAUCGCCGUCGAGGCGGCACGGGGGCGGCGGGCCGGUUCAACGGAGGAACCCCACUCCGCAGACGCCGAGGUAGCGGUGGAACCGCGAGACUACUUGUAUUGUAACGCCACGAGUUGUUUGUG